ACGGCACAUGUGUCAAAUAUUUUGUUUUGAUUAAAUCAAAAAUUUUGCGGUGAGUGUUGGUGCUGGAUCAAUCAAGCGCAGCAAACAGCUGAUUGUGAUAAAACUGCAGUACAAAUUGUCGAAAAGGCUUCGCAAUCCACAUGUCCAGUGCCGCACACAAGAUGAAAGUGUUGUCCCUCUACAAGCAGCUGCUGCGUGAAUCGCAAAAAUUCAGCUCCUACAAUUUCCGCAACUAUGCACUUCGGCGGGUGCGGGACGCUUUCCGUGAGAAUAAGGCACUCACCGAUUCGUCCAAGAUUCAAUCCGAGAUGGAUUAUGCCCGGAAGAAUUUGGAAAUCAUCAAGCGGCAGGCCCUUAUCAGUCAGAUGUUCCGAGCGGAUAAACUUGUCAUUGAAAAAUGAAUCACAAAGCUCUUUUUGCUUUCGGAGCCACGGAGAUGCGAACGCUUAGUUAAGCAAUUCGGGAUAUGCAGUUAAAAUCACAUGAUUUAGUGUUAGUUUUGCAACAGCAAGAAUUUGUGUGUUCUUCUCUUGUUUGGAUGUAUGGAAGGCGGCAAAUUGCAAGUUUUGUAUUCAGUAUGUGAGGGACAAUAGCAUGUACAUACCGACUGUCACAGGAUGUAAAGACAUAGAAAAAUAAACGCCAAGUUGCACAAGGUACAAUA